CUGGAAUCUUCGAUGCGUCAUCGCCACGGCAAAAUGUAAUUAUAUAACAUUUCGCGAAAUACCUCUGGGUCGAGCGCAGUUUGCUUUCUUGACUUGCUACAUUACAACUAUACAAAGCCAACUUGGACGGAAGAGCAAGUCCUGAUAUCUAGCGAACAAGCUACUAGAUACAUCCCAAGCAGAUCUUAUCACGCUCUAGAGUCGUCGGAAAGACAGACUACUUCAGACCAACUCAUCCCCAAGCUCUCCGCCACCCAUGCCGACUGAAUUACCUUACGCUGCAGAGGCAGAGUCGUCUUUGUCCUUUGAGGAACUGGAUGUCCUCAAACGACAGUAUUACAAGGAAAUCGAAGACGGACACGUUACGACCCAAUCCAAAUUCAACUAUGGCUGGGGCUUGAUCAAGACGCAGAACAAUGAGAUGCAGACGGAGGGUAUCAAAUUGUUACAGGAGAUAUACUCUGCCUCUCCACCUCAUCGUCGAGAAUGUAGUUAUUACAUCGCUGUAGGGUACUACAAGUUAAAGAACUACGCCAACGCGAAGAAGUUCAACGACCUCCUACUGCAACAUGAACCGGGCAACAUGCAAGCUCAAUCAUUGAGAGUAUUGAUAGAACGAGGCGUCACACGCGAUGGAUACAUUGGACUUGGUAUAGUAGCGGGUGCAGCUGCUGUAGCUGGAGUUGUCCUUGCCAGUGUGAUCAAACGAACCAAAAAGUGAUGAUUGUUUACGCCAAAUCGUGUGCCUCUCAUGGAUGGUCGAUCGAAAGCUUUUGCUACUCGAUGUAUCUUCUUGUAUCUGAUCCCUUGAACCACAUGUAUAUCCGCUCUCUCUCUCUCUCUGUCUGUGACCCUCACAGGGAUACUCCAUCGAUAUAGGGCUGUCACUACUCACUACUCAUCCCCCGCCUACCAUCCCAUCCGCCAGCUGACGGAACCAAAUUUUCCC